GCUAACUUUGUUUCCACAUUUGUAGGUGAGUCAUAAAAUGGAUCCAAAUGAACUAGUCAAGCUUAUUGACAUUCUUAACCCUCAAAAUAGACCAGGAAGGAUUACAGUAAUCGCCAGGAUGGGAGCUGAUAACAUGAGAGUAAAGCUUCCCCAUCUGAUCAGGGCUAUUCGUGGAGCUGGUCAAAUUGUCACUUGGGUCAGUGAUCCUAUGCAUGGAAAUACUACUAAAGCCCCUUGUGGACUCAAAACACGUUCAUUCGACUCUAUUCGGGCUGAGGUUCGAGCAUUCUUUGAUGUACACGAUCAAGAAGGUAGCUAUCCUGGUGGUGUGCAUCUGGAGAUGACAGGUCAGAAUGUAACGGAGUGUGUUGGAGGUUCUCAGACAAUUACUUACAAUGAUCUGAGCUCGCGCUAUCAUACACAUUGUGACCCAAGACUCAAUGCUUCUCAAGCACUUAACUUGCCUUUAUUAUUGCGGAGCGCCUCAGGAAAAGAAGACUGGGUCCUAAGUUUGGGUUUUAGAAAACCGAUCUUACUCCCCUUUCACUAGUGUUUGCAGUUUGUCUCUGUAUCUGGAGAUAAUUGAAUUCUCUUUGUAUUCCCUAAUCCCAACCCAAAAAUGGCUCUGACAGCAGCCACCGCCGGCGGCAACAGGGGUGGCUCAGCCCUCCCCAAUUCGUGCCUUCAAGCCCCAAAGCCUGCACCGUUACAGAAACCCAUCUUCUUCUUCCUUUCCCAAAA